GUCAGUUCGGUCAUCAGUCAUAUCUUGCACUUCUUCAUUUGUUCAUCUCGAGGAAUAUCCUGAAACUCAAUCAAGAUGAAGAUUUACUUCCUUUUCGCUCUAUUUUGGUGGCUAUUGCCGCUUAUCACGGCUGCACCAAUAGAAGAUGACAUGGAAGCUGUCGAAGAACGUGCCGACCGACAAAGAAGGGUGACCUGCGAUCUUCUAUCUGCUCUCCGUGUACAGGAUUCUGCUUGCGCGGCGAAUUGUCUUAGCAUGGGUAAAGCCGGAGGACAUUGCGAGAACGGUAUCUGCGUUUGCCGCAAAACUACUUUCAAUGAACUUUGGAACGAUCGCUUUGACAAGAAAGGAAAUUUUACUCUGCUUCAGCCAAAGGAACUUGAGGCCGUGCUUCGACCAACGAAAGUUCCUCCGUUUGUCUAUCGACCACCAGAGUCAACGACCACUAAAAAAAUGAGUUAAUAUUUUGGAAUGCCCGUGGGAUAUAAUAAUAAACUUAAAUAAUCUAUUAAA